GUCUUUCAGGUACACCUUUAAACCGAGCGUUCCUUCAUAAACUACGUUAACCAUCCCUAUUCUUCAUUACUCUCAUGUUCUUCGUGACUCACACAUCAGUUUGAAUCCCGCAUUCUAUAAUCUUCUUUCAUUGAAACCGCUAAACUAAAAGUAUUUUUUUCUCUUCUUUUAAAACCUUCCACACACAUCGUUAAAUAUUCCAUAUUUGUAUUCUGUCCUUUCAUAAUUAUAACUGAUAGUUUUCUUCACGUUUCAAAGCAAGGCUAAUUUCUUGUCUUUGUCGUCUAUAUAGUUUUGAAUCAUUUUCUUUUUGUUCUUGUUUCUUCUUGUUGCCCAUUUUUCCAUGGCUCCUCCAAACAAUCCAGUGAAUUCCACCUUGGGAUUUAAGUCACUGGAAAAGGUUUUUGAUUUAUGUGACGGGAAAUUCACCGUGAGAGGUGUGCCAUUACUCUCUCAGGUACCCAAUAACGUCACUUUCAGUUCCUUCUCCUCAAUCUGUGAACCCCGUGACGCCCCACCUUCCAUCCUUCAACGUGUCAUUGCCGUGUCACACAAAGGUGGCUUCUUCGGAUUCUCCCAGGUUUCUCCCUCCGACAGAUUAACAAACUCCUUAGGUAGUUUCAGUGGCAGAAACUUCCUUAGCAUCUUCAGGUUCAAAACAUGGUGGUCUACCCAGUGGGUAGGAAAUUCCGGUUCAGACCUUCAAAUGGAAACCCAGUGGGUCCUCAUAGAAAUCCCCGAAAUAAAAUCCUAUGUUGUAAUCAUUCCCAUCAUUGAAAAAUCUUUCAGGUCCGCACUUCACCCUGGCUCUGAUGGCCAUGUCAUGAUUUGUGCUGAGAGUGGUUCAACUCAAGUGAAAGCAUCGAGUUUCGGUGCAAUUGCUUAUGUCCACGUUUCUGAGAACCCUUACAACGUGAUGAAAGAAGCCUAUAGUGUUCUCAGGGUUCACCUCGAUUCGUUCAGGUUGUUGGAGGAGAAAACGGUGCCAAAAAUUGCUGACAAGUUCGGUUGGUGCACUUGGGAUGCGUUCUACUUAACCGUGAACCCUGUUGGGGUUUGGCAUGGGCUUAAGGAUUUUGCCGAGGGUGGGGUGGCUCCGAGGUUUGUUAUCAUUGAUGAUGGCUGGCAAAGUGUGAAUUUUGAUGGUGAUGACCCCAACGUGGAUGCUAAGAAUCUUGUUCUUGGCGGGGAACAAAUGACUGCGAGGCUUCAUAGAUUUGAAGAAUGUGACAAGUUUGGAAGUUACCAAAAGGGGCUCCUUUUGGGUCCUAAUGCUCCUUCUUUUAACCCAAAGACGGUUAAGGAGUUGAUUGCGAAGGGGAUAGAAGUUGAGCGUUUGGGGAAGCUGCGUGAUGAGGCUGUUUCGUCUGGGGUUUCUGAUUUGAGUUUGACCGAGAUUGAGUCGAGGAUUGUGAAGGUGAAAAAGGAAAUUGAUGAUCUCUUUGGUGGGGAGGGAAAGGAGAACAAAGAAUUAUGUGGAGGGUGUUGUUGCAAAGCAAAUGAGUGUGGUGGGAUUAAGGCUUUCAUAAGGGACUUGAGGACUGAAUUCAAAGGUUUGGAUGAUGUCUAUGUGUGGCAUGCCCUUUGUGGCUCGUGGGGUGGUGUGAGGCCAGGAGCCACACACUUGAAUUCCAAAAUAACACCUUGCAAACUCUCCCCUGGCCUUGAUGGGACCAUGCAAGAUCUUGCUGUGGUUAAAAUAGUGGAAGGUUCCAUAGGACUUGUUCAUCCUGAUCAAGCUAAUGACUUGUACGAUUCCAUGCACUCUUAUCUUGCCCAAUCUGGUGUUACCGGAGUCAAAAUUGACGUCUUUCAUAGUCUUGAAUAUGUGUGCGAGGAAUAUGGAGGCAGAGUCGAGCUUGCAAAGGCUUAUUACGAUGGGUUGACAAACUCUAUUGUCAAGAAUUUUAAUGGAAGUGGAAUCAUCGCUAGCAUGCAGCAGUGCAACGACUUUUUCUUCCUUGGAACCAAGCAAAUUCCCAUGGGAAGAGUUGGGGAUGACUUUUGGUUCCAAGACCCCAAUGGGGACCCAAUGGGAGUGUUCUGGUUACAAGGGGUGCACAUGAUUCACUGUGCCUACAACAGUUUGUGGAUGGGGCAGAUGAUUCAGCCCGAUUGGGACAUGUUCCAAUCGGAUCAUGUGUGUGCCAAAUUUCAUGCGGGUUCGAGGGCUAUUUGUGGCGGUCCUGUCUAUGUAAGUGACAGUGUGGGCUCUCAUGACUUUGAUCUCAUUAAGAUGCUUGUGUUCCCUGAUGGUACCGUGCCCAAAUGCAUACAUUUUGCACUUCCAACAAGAGAUUGCCUUUUCAAGAACCCUCUCUUUGACCAAAAAACCGUUCUCAAAAUUUGGAACUUCAACAAGUAUGGAGGAGUUAUUGGUGCUUUCAACUGUCAAGGGGCUGGUUGGGACCCUAAGAUGAAGAAGAUCAAGGGUUUCUCUGAAUGCUACAGGCCAAUUUCUUGUACUGUGCAUGUAACUGAGGUUGAAUGGGACCAAAAGAAAGAAGCAGUUCACAUGGGUAAGGCAGAGGAGUAUGUCGUGUAUCUCAAUCAGGCUGAGGAACUGCAUUUCAUGACCCCAAAGUCUGAACCACUCCAAUUUACUAUUCAACCUUCCACUUUUGAGAUCUACAACUUUGUCCCAGUUGAAAAGCUAGGUGGCAGCAUCAAAUUUGCACCAAUUGGGCUCACAAACAUGUUCAACAGUGGAGGGACAAUUCAAGAAUUGGAGUGUGUUGAGAAGGGUGCAAAGGUUAAGGUUAAGGGUGAUGGGAGAUUCCUUGCUUACUCAAGUGAAUCUCCAAAGAAGUUCCAACUGAAUGGUUCUGAUGUUGCUUUUGAGUGGCUCCCUGAUGGAAAACUCACUCUCAACCUUGCUUGGAUUGAAGAGAAUGGCGGGGUUUCUGAUUUGGCAAUUUUCUUCUAGGUUUUGUCCUGUGGUUCUACCGUUGAUAGGCUUGAAUGUUGUUUAUAGCAAAAACUGGUUGCACUUAAAAAAUUGGAAACUAGCUCGUUUUCUUUUAGUAAAGUGAAUCUGAUUGUUUUAAUGUAAUAACGUUUGUAUUGUCUAUAUCAUAUUAUAAACAUGAAGUGAAAUCUCUUCGCUCUCUACAUUAAUAUUAUGCACAUCUCUUGCGUACA